AUUCGAAGAUGAAAGUUCUUUGAUUUUGUUUUGCAAAUUUUAUUCGUAAAGCAUACAAAUUGUGAARUUUUUAGUACCUUUUAUGGAUGAGAGGCAUCGGGUAACUUUCUCUUAUGUGAUUUAAUGAGAUAUGUGACAGUUUUAUUCCAAUGAUAUAGCAAAUUUCGGGUUAAAAGUCAUGGCUUCAAGUUCAGAUUUAAAUUCAGCCAGAAACAAGCUUGAUGGCCUGUUAAAAGAACUCAGUGAAAAGAGUGAUGAAAGUCUGGAAGGAAAUGCUAUUGCAAUAAUUGACAGUUUGUCGUCAUCAAUGCCACCUCCAUCAACACCAACAAAAAGGAGUACAACAUCUAAAGGACCUCGAAAAAGAAGAAAAAAGGACUUGGGUUAUGAUGAUGGCUCAGAUGGAUUAAAGUCACAAACAAGCUACAUAAUGAAGUUAUUUGACAGAAAUGUAGACUUUGCCCCAUUUGUGGAGGACACUCCCCUGUAUACAYUAGCUAGAGAAUGGAUGGAAAAUAAACCACAUAGGAUGAAACUUGCAUCUGAAAUGCAAGACUUCCAAGACAGCGACCCAUUGUCUAGCAGCCAGGGAAGCUCAUCAAGUGUACUUGCAGGAGAAAGUGUUGACAGCUCCAAAGCAGUAUACAGUUUGCCUUUGCCAAACCCAAAAAGAGAACUCAAAGAUCAGACAUACAUACCAAAACCCCUUCCACAGCCAUCAUUGUCGCUAAAUAUACACUACAAAUCAGAGGCUGCGCCAAGUAUUACUGAUCUGAAGCAAAAACACAUUCAGAGAUGGAAAAAAGUCAAAACUGGUUGGAAGCAAGCUUCAUCAGAAAAUCAAUCACACUACAGUGAAAGCAUCAAAGCCAUAAGAGGACUCUUUGAACCCUUCAAAUAAGUUACUAUAAUAAGAGCAAGAAGACAGGAAGGUUACCACUUUCACACUUGUUGUCCGGCUUCAUCUGUCUGUCUGUCAGAAUCGUGGUAUUAGUUUGUAGUGUUUGUAUCCUCAUGAACUUGACAAAUGUGUUUUUAAGCUGGAAUCAAUUGGUCUUUUUCAAUUAGUCACGUCCAGCAGUUUUACUUGGUGAUUAAAAUGUAUUCCCUUUUUUUUUUUUCAAUUUUUUUUAAUUAUUCCCAUUUUCAUUGGUUUUCAGGUGAUACACUCACUGUUAAUGGUACAUGAGUAAGACCGUCUUUUGCAUAUAUCCACUUAUAUGUAUUUUUUCAUCCAUUCAGUUUCAAUCAGUUUUUAGUAAUCACGCUGAAGCAACUUUUAAUUGAUAAAGACAUAUUGACAUAC